UUAAGCACUUCGCCGUCUUUAUCUAUUCCUCGGAAUUUCCUCCGUCUUAUGCGCUUUCAACUCCCCUGACGUGAACCCUGUCCCAAAAUUAAAUCCAACUCUCUCUCUCUCUCUCUCUCUCUCCUGCAUGCAGGAAAGAUCAACAAACCCCUCUUUCUCUCUCUCUCUCUCUCUAUCUAUCUAAAACCUCCCCCUAAGCCCCACUCACUCCCAUUCCCAUCUUCCUCUCACGCAUGGCUAACUCCUCCUUCCCUCUCUUGAUCAUACUCUCCCUCUUCUUUCUCUCUCUAAACCCUGUCAAAGGAGGGGCGGUCCAUGAAUUACUGCAGAGCAAUGGUUUACCAGCUGGUCUUUUGCCCAAAGACGUAAAAUCCUACUCUCUUGAAGACGAUGGCCGCCUCGAAAUUCAUCUUGAUCAACCCUGUUAUGCCAAAUUCGACGGCAUGGUUUAUUAUGAUCGAGUAGUUCGUGGGAACCUCAGCUAUGGCGAGCUCACGGGAGUUGCAGGUUUCUCUCAAGAAGAGCUUUUUCUGUGGCUUCCUAUUAAGGAUAUCAAGGUUACAGACCCCCAUUCUGGUGUUAUUGUCUUUGAUAUUGGGGUGGUUCAUAAGCAGCUCUCUUUCUCUCUCUUCGAGGACCCUCCUGAUUGUAGGCCAGAGGGCAAGCAAUCGUUGAGGUUGAGGCUCAGAUCAGAUGAUUUGUUGGGGAAGAUUGAUAAAAACCAGAGGGAGGAGUACUACUAGUAUCAAUGCAGAGAGAUUUGGGUCAUUAACAAUUCAGAAUUAGGAGCACAAUAAUCAAGAUUCUUGAAUCAAGACUUUUAUGCUAAUCUUUGUUAACCUUCUUUCUUUUUCUAAUUACUAGAGUUUCUAAAUUCUACUGGUAUAGGAAAUAGGGAUUAGUGCUUCGCUGUAAAUGGGAUGGCAUUAAUGAGCUUUCUUGGAUGUAGUGACUUGAACAUGGAAAGGGUUAACAAAAUAUUGUCUGCACUGCUUUUUAAUUGGGCAGUGCAGAGCACAGUCUCCCA